UUUAUCGUUGGUUCAAUCUCCGACUCUCACCCUGUGGCAGUACCCACCAUCAUGACUUGAAAACAAAUUGUGUCUCACCGAUCACCAUUAUGUCUCAUUGUCUGUGUUUCUUUAUUUUGCUUUAUGAUGUACUACACCACUCAACUAAUUCACUCUCAAACCUCUACAAACUUGCUCUUCAACUCCCAAUUUCAUCUCCUCCUCAAGCUCCCCAUAAGUCCAUUUUUGUGCUAACGCAUGACUUCUCGAGAAAGUUGAAUCGGUUGGGAAAUAGUGCGAACUUACCCUUAAUCAGCUGGUCUUGUGUGGGUUGAUGAAGGGGAGAGGUCUCAUUUAGUGUGGUGGGAGGAGGUGCCGAAACUGGUGAUGUUAAAAGCAACAUCGGUGACAGCCAACAUCAUUUUUUUUUACUGUGUUUCUUACUUUCAACGAAAGAUUUGACCGUAUCAUUCUAAAUCCUAUUUCCAAUAUGCAAUCACCAAAGUUCAAUUUGAAAUGUAAAAGAAAUUCAGAGAUGAGUAGCAAAGCUUCUUCUGACAUGGCUAUACUUGAAGCAACCCCUGAUCUCUCCAAGGACAGUGGUACUACCUCCUGCCUCACGAACUCAAUAAAGGCUAAUCCCAUUCAAGGUUCGGUUUCCCUUGACUUGACACUUCAUUUUAACUCAAAUGAUAUCGACACUAAAGGAAGUGGCGAGAGUAGUAGCGAUGCAGUUGGCCAUGUUUCUGGUCCGACAAACCUGAGGAUAUUUUCCUGCAAUUACUGUCAGCGUAAAUUCUUCAGCUCACAGGCCCUUGGUGGCCAUCAAAAUGCUCAUAAAAGGGAGAGGACAAUGGCAAAGCGAGCGAUGCGAAUGGGUAUGUUCUCAAACAGAUAUACCAGCUUGGCUUCGCUGCCACUUCACGGUUCUGCAUAUCGGUCACUCGGGAUCGAAGCUCAUGCUGGAAAGCACCGUAAAAUCUUACCUGCAGAGUGGCCAUUUAUUGCUAGAACUGGAGCCAUGAUUGAUCAAGGCUACAUUGGAAUGCCAUAUUUUGUGGAAGAGGAUGAUGGUGGUCCAUUUUGGCCGGGGAGUUUUCGACGAGUAAACGGCGAAUUCAUUGAUUCUACGCUUCGCGAAGCAUCUAAAGUUCUAAGUCCAAACUCCGAUACGAGCAUGUCACCAUCGAAAACGAGUACUUCACCUGAUCUUACUUUGAGACUUUAAGCUUUAUUAUUGUUAAUUUUUAUUUUUGUUAUUUUCUACAUAUCUUCACCAUGUUGCUAAUUAUGUAAAGUGAGGUGCCUGCAAGCGUUUUAUUAAGUCAUCAAAUAAAACUUCAAUCCAAUUCUUUGUCUAAUUUCUUGUAUCCUCUGAAUAAUGUUCUCUUGCUGUUAUUUUUGUUAGAAAUGAUGAAAUUUGAAAUACGUGCU